CUCCCAGUUGUCAUCUGGCAUGGGAUGGGUGACAGCUGCUGUAAUCCAUUGAGUAUGGGCUCAAUUAAAACAUUGAUAGAAAAACAAGUUCCUGGAAUCUAUGUCAGAUCUUUGGAGAUCGGAAAUAAUAUCGCAGAGGACAUGGAGAAUGGAUUUUUGAUGAAUGUAAACAAACAGAUUACAAUGGCUUGUAAGAAGAUACAGAAUGAUACUAAAUUACAGAAAGGUUAUAAUGCUAUUGGGUUCUCACAAGGAGGACAGUUUCUGAGAGCUGUAGCCCAGAGAUGUCCAACACCAGGCAUGAAUAAUCUGGUGUCUGUUGGAGGCCAGCACCAAGGUGUGUAUGGUUUCCCACGUUGCCCUGGUGAUAAUUCUACUUUGUGUGAUUAUGUUAGGAAACUUCUAAACAUUGGAGCGUAUUAUGAAUAUUUUAUUAUUUGUAGCCUGGUCCAAGCUGAAUACUGGCAGGAUCCUUUGAAUAUGGCUGAAUAUCGAGAGAAGAGUGUUUUUCUGGCUGAUAUUAAUCAAGAAAGGGUAAAGAACCCUGUUUACAAAGAGAAUCUAUUGAAACUGAAGAAUUUGGUACUAGUCAAGUUUCUACAAGAUACCAUGGUCGAUCCUAAAGAGAGUGAGUGGUUUGGGUUUUAUAAAGAAGGCCAAGGUAAACAAAUACUGACAAUGAAUCAAACUCAACUGUACAAAGAGGACUGGCUUGGAUUAAAGAAAUUAAAUGAGACUGGACGUCUACAUCUCCUGAGUUCUGAUUCAAAUCAUUUGAGAAUCACUGAUGAAUGGUUUAUCUCCAAAAUUAUUCCAUUUUUUAAAUAAAUAUCCAUGAAAAUGAUUUUGACACUGUGAUAAGAGAAUGGACAUCAAAAUUUUGUGUUCAGUGUAAAAUGCUCAUGUAUUGUAAUAAUUAUGUUAUGUUACUUAUUUUGAUUCCUGGAUGAAAAUUAACAUAGAGGGACUCUCUCAUUUCCAAUAAACUUUAUAGUUUCUUUGAAAAGAGAAGGUGUGUUAGCCCUUUGAUUUCAUCUUUAUCUUACAGAUGCUUUUAAAACGCAAAUAUUAUUAUAUCAUACUUGUGUAAAUUUAUUUUAGAAUUUUAAGUAUUCAUGACAGGCUGAAUUUAUUUUUAUGGCAAAACGUUUAAUAUUCCCCUCUAAAAUGAUUAAGAAACUCUUAAAGCAAAAAAUUUGAAUGGCACCACCACUAUAAAAUAUUAAGUUUAAUUCUUUGGUGAAAAUUUUAAUGGCAUAACACCUUAUUGCUUGUUUACCUUCAGUCUUAGAAGGCCUGCCACUUAACGACUAGUAAUGACAGUGGGCCCCAUUUCAAGGGCUGUUAUUGAAGGAUCUACUUCCAUGCUUACCUGUUGCCACUCAUUAAACCAUUUGCUUUGUUCUAAUUUUGUAUCUGUACAAUUAGAUGUAGAACAGUUCAGCGUAAAACUCCAUGAGGAUAAUUGACAGUGACUCAGCAAUUUUGAUCCAUGUCAAUAUG